UAUUUUCCACGAAAAUGGGAAUACUCGGGCCGCCCACGUUCUUCGAAUUUGGAUAAAAUUGGGGGGAGCGCUUGUCGGGAGAUUAUUCCUGAACAAUCGCCGUGCACGUUCAGAGGUUUAAAGCAGAAAUAACAGACAACAUGAGCAUCAGAGCAAAGGACGCAACCAAUACUCUACUGAAAGUGACUCGCUAUGCAAAGACUGGGCUCCAAAACACCAGGAAGAACUCCAGCAAAGCAGGGGAGCAAUCAACAACACCUGGGAGACGCUAUGCACAUCAAAACAUUGCCGUUUCAGAAGCAAGUCUUCCUGCAACCAGCGUCACGACCUGGAUUUCCCACCUCGCCGCUGACACAACGCGGGCCGACCUCUCUGACACCGUCGUCCACCGUUCUCAGCGCAUGAUGUUGGACACCCUGGGGGUGGGGAUCCUUGGUUUCAAGACCGACAUCACCCAGACGGUCAUGAGAUGUUCCCUGAACACAGGAGCCAUGGAUGGAGUUGGCCCAUCCGCAUCUACUAUCUGGGGCUCCAAAGGGCAGAAGGCUUCUCCUGCCAUGGCGGCUUUUCUCAACGGCAUCAACGUUCACUCGAUGGACUUUGACGACACAUGGUACCCAGCAACGCACCCUAGCGGCCCGGUUCUGCCAGCGAUUCUCGCCCUUGCUGAGACGAUGACCGGAAGUUACCAGCCUACCACUGAAGAUCUUCUUGUGGCAUACAAUGUUGGGAUAGAGGUGCAGGGUCUUCUGCUCAGAUGUUCAGAGAUCGCUAAGGAGAUCCCUUGUAGGUUUCAUCCUCCUGCCGUCGUUGGGGUGAUGGGCAGUGCCGCUGCCUCAGCUCGACUCUUGGGUUUGGGACCGCACAAAUCUCGCCACGCCCUUGCCAUCGCUGCAUCUUUCGCAGGAGCUCCCAUGGCUAACGCCGGAACGACAACGAAACCCCUCCAUGCCGGGAAGGCUGCCCGCUUCGGCCUGGAAGCAGCGCUUCUGGCGGACCAUGGACUGGAAGGUAACCACGACAUCCUUGACAUAGCUUCUGGCUACGGGGCCUUCUACGACGACUACGAUCCAGAGGAGUUCCUUUUCGCACAUUCCAAUAACGAGGACUUCAUCCUCCAUAAUCAAGACAUAGCCAUUAAGCGAUUCCCCGCUCAUCUGGGAAUGCACUGGGCGAUCGACGCCACAAUGGGUGCAAGAGAUCAGAUUUGUCACACUGCCAGAAGAAUAGUUCCAGAAGAAGUAUCCGAGGUACACAUCAUGGCUCCAAAGUCGAAAUACAUCAACAGGCCACUUCCUUCAACCGAGCAUGAAGCCCGCCACUCCUUCCAGUUCAACGUGUGCACGGCUCUGUUAGAUGGCCAGGUAACACCAGAUUCCUUCACCCACAGCUACAGACGGCGCGCUCCACUCAACCAGCUGCUGUCCAAAACACGCGUCAGUUGCCCCGAGGACAACAUCCCCACCUUCAACGACAUGUACGUGGAGGUCCAUGUGACGAUGAAAGACGGGAGUCACGUCAAAAGCCGCUGUGACACCCCCUACGGUCACUGGAGGAACCCUCUGACUGAGGAGGACCUUGAGGGAAAGUUCCUGGCCAACACGAAAGACAUGUCCUAUCAGUCUCAGAUCCAACUCAUCAAUACCACCAAGAACAUGUCUGAAAGAAAACCAAUGACAGAGUUCCUGGAAGCUCUCAGAGACUAGCGCUAUGAAGACUUUGAUGAGGGACUAACAAUGCAAAAACAUUCAUUCAUUGGAACCGAGGUAGAUUAAUCGCUUUAAAACUUAAUUAAUUUUCACGACCGAAUAUUUCAGAAUCCAGAGAAAAUGCAUCUGGUGCUAUUAACUGCUAAAGAGUGAGUAUGUUUUUAUGCCGCUUUUAGCAAUAUCCCUGCAAUAUAACGGUAUCAUACGUAUAUGUUUUAUCACCACCAUUGUCAUUCUGUUUUUCUGUUGACGGAUUUUGAGGACCUUUGUCAAUGUUUGGCGGAUCCAAGGAGAAACCUUCACCAGUGUAGCUUCUACAAACGCUCAGCAUCCUUUAAUUCUCGACAACUUCAUUACAGUCCUAUUUUGUACAUAUAUUUGAUGGUUUUAAACACACACCACUUAUCUCCACAUAACUUGAUGUGUAAAGAAAAGGACGUUUCCUAGUUCAUUAUAUAUUUAUUCUUUAUUGCGUAUAUUUAUCGAAGCCCGAUUUUCAUGUGUAAACCAGGACUUGAUUUGUUUGAGUUGCAUUCUAAAAGCUGGUGGUACAGAGAUGACAAAACUUUAUGUGGAUGAUCAACUUCUUUAUAUUGACUAUUGCCAUUGUCAAAAUAAAGAAGUUGAUCAUCCAUAAAGUUUUGUCAUCUCUGUACCAGGACUAUUUUAACACAACUAUCACUAGGUUACAAGCUGUUUCUGCAUCUAGUUUUUCAUAAUUUAACACCAUGUAGCAUCAUGUACAGAAACAUGACCUAUAUUCCAAUUUACCUUCAAUUCUAGUCUAUGUAUGUGGAUGUUACACGGCUAUAUAUGUACAUAUACGUUAGUUUGUGUGUAUGGAUGUUCUGUGCUUGUAAACAUGUGUUGUUAUUUGUCUGAUACAUAGCAGACAUUAUUUGUUAAUCAAAUGUAUAUACUUAUAUCUGUUUGUAAUGGAGUAUAACAAAACAAAAUAAUUUUCUAAAAAACGAUAUGAAUUUUUA